CACGCCUUUUUCUCUCAUUAAUCACCAAAAUUGCGCCAAAAAAGAACUUAAUACUCUACAAUCUCCAUUAACAAAAUCUAGGGUUUUCAAAAGAAGAUGAGCUCAACAGUAUCAACAAAGGGAGGCAGAGGCAAGCCUAAGUCCUCCAAAUCCGUCUCCCGAUCUCAAAAAGCCGGCCUACAGUUCCCCGUUGGCCGUAUCGCCCGUUUCCUUAAAGCCGGGAAAUACGCCGAUCGUGUCGGCGCUGGUGCCCCCGUAUAUCUCUCCGCCGUCCUUGAAUACCUUGCUGCUGAGGUUCUUGAACUUGCUGGAAAUGCUGCUAGGGAUAACAAGAAGAAUCGGAUCGUGCCGAGGCAUAUUCAAUUGGCUGUAAGGAACGAUGAAGAGUUAAGUAAACUUUUGGGGACUGUUACCAUUGCUAAUGGAGGUGUUUUGCCUAAUAUUCAUCAAAAUCUGUUGCCGAAGAAGAUUGGUAAAGGGAAGGGUGAUAUUGGAUCGGCUUCACAAGAAUUUUAGACGAUUCUGGAGCGUGAAGAAGUCUCUUUUGUUUCGGAAAUUUAUUCUUAUAAUUGGAAACAGUUAAAACGAUUGGGUAAUCUUAUAUUUUGUUUUCCGAUGGGUUGUUUUGUGAGCUUUCAACUGGUCCUGUAAAUCAUAUUUUGGGCUCGUUUUGAUUUUGGUUGAGUAGGUUGUGCAAAAUUGAUAUCCUUAUAUAUAUUUACUUUGCAUUUGCAGUAA